CGGCGGUCUCCACACACGGAGGUCACGCCACCCGAGCUACGUCUCGGUCCCCGAUAGGAAUCCGAUAUUGUGUGGCUGCCAUCGCCCUCCGUCCAGCGUCCCACAGUCCCACUCCACGCCGCUGGCACAAGGCUUGCUUCUACAGGACGACGCCGCUGCUCCGUCCAUCACCCAUUCCCCGCCAGAUCCUCCACCCGCUACUCCUGCGUGGAGAUCCACCAUCACGCAGGGUCGCUGAUUGAUUCUUUCAGUCCUGUGCUCGAAAAGUAUUAGCGGAAUUCCAAUCGAAUUGUCUACCAUCUUCACCUUUAUGCCACAUGGCAUUGUCUUCAUCAAGCAUCAGAGCUGCAUCCUCCACAGUUUACCCUGCCUAUCUUGGUCUCCACCAAAACCCCAAAAGCCACCAUGCUUCUUUUCAUCCUUCAAAAACAAACCAUGCCAAUACCUAUAAAUGCGUCGAGUCACCCAAAAUUGCUAGACGAUCUCUCUUCUUCCUACCCGCCUCCUUUCUUCUCCUUCACACUUCCUCCUCCCUUGCUGUAGAUGACACAAACACGCCAUCCACUUUAGCAAUUGACACAACGAUUACAGAUCGCAUCUUCAUGGACUUCAGUGUCUGUCCAAGCUACUUUCGUUCUGACAGACCGUUAGGAGCUGAGCUUUCCUCAUGCCCUGACUCUGAGCCACUUGGUCGUGUUGUCUUUGGUCUCUAUGGUCGGCUUCUCCCCAUUACUGCUGCCAAUUUCAAAGCUACAUGUCCUACAGCUGCAUAUAGGGGCACUCUUGUCCACAAGCUCCUUCAAGGACAGUUUUUUUCUGCUGGCCGACAAGGCUCUCGGCAUGACAAGGGUGAAGUCCAGCCUCCCUCAGGCCUCAUUAGGAAUUCUGAGACUGUCAAUCCUAAAGCAUUCAAACUAAGGCAUGCAAGACCUGGGCCAGGACCCUGUCCAGAGCUUGAUGGCCAGAACAUUGUCUUUGGAACUGUAUUGGAAGGCUUGCUAAGUUCUGACAUAUUGUGUUGAACUAAGCUAUUUGACUACAUCAGACUGUAAAAGGUGCAAUUUUAAUUUGCUGGUAUACAUGAGACGGAGAAGUAGGUGUGUUCUUGUGGCAUUCAAAUUUCCACAUGUGCGAAAUUUUCUCCUCAUCUAUUUGCCGUAUAUCCAUUUUUAUCCAUUUUUAUUCUUCUGAAAGUACUAUCUUUGAACUCAGAUCAUUCAACUGCAUUGUUUACAUGCCAUCCUUGUUAGAAGCGACGGCGAACAAAACGAUGAAAAAUAGAAAGAUCAAACCGUAGAAAGACACGAGGAUUUAACGUGGAAAACCCGUCCAAUGCAAAGGGUAAAAACCACGGGCGCCAGCCAGCAAGAAUUUCACUAUAUCGGGUGUUUGUGUACAACGCCUAGCGGCGGCUUAUAAGAGGAAUAAUAUGAUUGAUAUUCUUCGGUGAAGCCUAUGGGUUAGAUAUAUAGGAGAGUCACGUGGUCUCCUCAACUUCUACUAGCAAUGU